AUGAAAAUCAUUUCAACGUAUGGAAAUCUAAGAAGCAACGUGGACGGCAUCUCCAUUUGUGAAGUAAUUUCUUGUACUUAACACCUGGUACCCUCAAAGUGAUGUCAAAGAUCACAUUUUGCAAAGACCAUAACACGUUGGAUGAAAAAGGAAAAGUUAAUUUCGUUUAGCCUGAACGGGGAAAAGGGCGAGAGGACACAUUUAUCAUGGUAAGUACAUACGUGAUAAGUAAUUCAAAAAGGAAAAUAUCACUGUUUUAUAGCCUGAUAUCUCUUAUUGCUAUACUUUAUAUCAAGAUAUUUGGCCUUUUUAAUCCUUUUUAGAAUGGUUGAAACAACUAAAACUUGAACGCUAAUCUCUUAUGCGUAAGACGAACUCGAUGAAGAGUAAAGCAAGUAAUCUGUAAAUACUUAUUUUUAAUCGAAAGUGUCCCUAAGAUUCAAGAUUAAUUCCUGAAAAUUUUCUCCAUUGCAUAAAUUCAUACCCGCUUCUUUUAUGUCAGUAAUGGAAUUUGUGAAUUCGUUCUUCUGUAAAUUUUCUUAAACCCCUUUGCUUAAGAUCAGCCAUCCAGUUGAUGGUAUCAACUGCUAAUGAUAACUGGAGAGGGCAAGUAUUGGUUGUUAAAACUACUCCGCCCACCUCUAGUUUCGCUAAUUUGACUGAAGAGGGCAAUGUGACUAUGUCAGGUCAGAUCUGACGAUCAUUAUGGAAGCCCUCUUGGAUCCUCUUUUCAUAACUGUCUUCUUAGUUAGAUAAAUAUUUAAUUUCUUCGUUCAUUUCUUGAGUCGUUCAGAUGAUUUAGGAAAUUGACGGAUUGAUCAUUAUUGCUUACAUCAAUAACGUAAGUGACAAUGUUUUAGGAAAGAAACAAUAUAGAGCAGUUGCGAUAUUCAUGAAUAUUUAUUUGUAUAUAUAAACUUCAUCUUCUCUUGACUCCAAUAUUCGUGAGACAUAUCCGUCAAAUAAGUGUUCGCCAUAAGUCAUUUGCGUUUCUCUUAAAAUUUGUUUGCAUAUUUUUCUCUCCAAGACUAUUCCAGGAUUAAACCUCUAUAUCUGCUUCAUCUGGAUAGUUGUAUUGAUACACAAACAAGUGUCUGCAGGUAAGUAUGUUUAACGAUCUGUGUUCAGAUAUCGCAGUUAUAUUCCAUUAAAUCAUUUGAACUGAAUAAUACGUCCUCCAAUAUUAUAAGCAUCUUUCCUAGGAGGAAAAGGAUAGAAAGAGCGAGCACGAUUAUUUGAUAAACGAUUGUUUAAACUUGCAACACCUGCCGGAGAAGUUUGGAGAAGUUUUUAAUCUCAAAUUGUUAUUAGACGAGAGGAGGAUUGAAAACAUUCCUAACAUAACUGUGAGACCUGUAAGCGUUUCCCCGUGACCUGUUCAAGUUGUAUCAUAAUUUUGCACCAGCAAUUAUUGAAUAUUUCAGUUAAUUCCGGGCUAAUGAGCCACUCUUCAUCCCAGUUUUCCAUUUUGGGUCGUUGAGAAAGGCAAAUUUAAAAAUAAUGGCAAUUCAGCUCUGUAUUAAAGAGAAAAACCAUUUUAAACGAAAAGCAUGAGCAGGUAAGGCCCGUCUGCGCAUCAUUAGGUCAUUGCAUUUCCAUCAAUGGACCAAACUAGAGUAUUCAACCAGAGUUUACCGAGUAUGAGUGGUUAAUAUUUUAUUACUAUAAAAAUAAAAUGUUUUUAUUAGUAAUAGGAAAGAAAACUUACUAGUUCGGAAACUGACGUAAUUAAAGACAAAGAUUAGUUUACACACGCUCCAGUAUUUGUUACGUCACCCCAACCUCUUCAGAACAUUAAAGUAAUCGAAAUCGAAUCUAACUCAAUGCACAACUAUAAAUUAGACUAUGAAGUGCCGUUAAUUGCAUCUUUGUCAGGCGUUUAACUAUAUCUUUCAGUGGACUGUCAGGAAGAAUUUGAACGACUUGGGUGCCACGGUGCUUUCUUAGGGGCCUUGCGCCUUAUACCGGAGGUUUUGUUCAACGACUCCAACUUGCAAAGCAUAGAUGAGUUAAUUUGCAAAUGUGCAGAACAAACAAGGUUUAAGGGAUAUCGCGUUUUUGCGGUCCAAAAAGGAGGUGAAUCAGAAAUGAUAAUUGAUAAAUAAAUAAGUGUGACUCCACUAAAACCCAAAUUUUCAUUCAUUUGUUUCUCCACUUUUUCAUUACCGUCUAUUUUGUUUUUUCCAUGUUGUCGUUUUUUUGUUCUUGUUUUUUCGUUUGCCUGACCUUUUUUUUUUUCUGUUCUAUUCCUUGUUUCUUUGUUUUUUUAUUUAUCUUAUUUUUUGCUUGUGUUGUUUAUUUAUCUCUCAUUUAAAAACUUCUUAAUUCAAUCAGUUAAAGUCAGAUCACAACAGCUUAGGUCUUCAGAAUCAGGAAAAUUUCCAACAAUCUUCUUCUAUGAUCAAGAUAUUUUUUUUCCUAUGAUACGCGUCUCAAACCAAAAAUAUCCUGGUAACGGCAGUAAAUUUUUUGGUUGAAGUCUAACCUUCUUAGCAUGAAUACAAAUUUCAAAGCACUACUGGAAAGCAUCAUGCUGCCUGAGCCUGUCCAGGAAGAAAGGCUACCCUGGCUAAUCUAAGCCGCCCGGGUUCACUUUUGGAAAAAAGCUCUGUCAACUUAUGCAAAAAUGUUUUUUUUGCAUUUCUUCAUAUCUUAAGAUGAGGUUAUCUUGGGUAUACAUAGAUAUUCAAAAUGAACAAGACAAACUAAGUUGUAACUGUACAUUAUUUGUUGUUGUUUUCGUUGGUAUUUCGUCUCAGGCGUAAAAGCUGCGGAAUGGAACAGACCUUUUGUUUGGCUUUGUUUUUAUUUUGUUAAAUUUCGCUUCGUAUGUUAGACUUCAGUCAUACAAGCUAAGAUCCUGCUGUGAAACUAAGGCCGUAAGGAACCUCCCGCCCCCUCUUACCUCCUCAGGUUUUCCUUUCUAUGAAUUGGCAUCAAAACUAGGUUAUGCAUUUCAAAUACGCUGCUCUUGUGCAGUGAUGUCACCUGACGAUCUUUGGUGAACUUCUUCAAAACCCUAGGAUACUGCUGGUCAGGGAAAGACGCUGAAACCUCAUUUCCUCUGGCUGGACAAGCAUUCGAUUGCAAAACCUUUGAUUCUAAAUCAUGUGGCAAAGAUGACAAAUAUUGUGUCGGAGAAGAAAAAUCAGUCUUCGUUUAUAGAUUACUGGGUAAGAAAAAGCGCUUUUACCUGUAAGUAGUUACCUUUCAACGAAUGCAAGACAUUUUUGCGUGUAUUUUAUAACAAAAAAAAAUAAGGUUUGAAAACUUUAAAACUAAUUUUUUAUCUAUGUCCUUUGCAGAUAAUCAAAACCAUACUCUCAUUCCACCGAAACGUAUGUAUUGUAGUACCCCAUUCACACCAGCAAAACAUGUUUUGUUAAACUGGUUUUCAUUGAAUGAAAAUUAUAAACAGAGAACUGAAAAACUUGAUUUUCCAUUGGAUUCAAGUACUUGCUAACUUGCAUUUCCAAUGUGCUACAUUCAAGUCAAAAUUAUUCGGUUAAAUAGUUUCUAUGAAGAAAAAAAAAAUUAAACUGUGUUUAACAAAACAACUUUUAAACAUGUUUAAGCUUUGGUGUGAAUGGGGCAUAGGAGGUAUUCACCAGUGUUAAGGGACCAAAUCUUAUUUAUUGCUUAGAGGGAGGGGAGGAUGGGGGAUUUGGAGGAUUUUGAGGGAAUUAAGGUACUUUGCAAAUGUCAGUCGUGACAGGGCAAUGUGAUUUUCAGAAAAAGCAAUCUAACGUGUCACUUACAGUUAGUUUUCAACGUAGUUUCAAGGGAUACAUAUCAUUAAUUGCCGGGUCAAUUUACAACACCAACCUGUCAUUCCAAGGCCCGAGUAAAAUUGAAAGAAGACUACUUGUAAAAGUCAACACCAUAUAAGCUUGAAUAGCAUACUAUGUUAACGAGCCACACUCAACCAGUGUGCUUUGCGUGCCCUUGUCAUUGUUAUUAUCCGGGAACUCAAUACUUUUUCUGACAAACCCACGAAACGGCAAUUAUUACCACAAUGGUAGGAGCUUUUGCUUUUUUGAUAAUAAGGGUAUUAUCGCUCAGUGAAAAACUAACCUGCUACUUUGGAAGAGGUAUAUUUUCAAAGUUUUAUGUCUGUGGAAGAGAAGAAUUUGUAUGACAAAACAGCACAUCGUAUCAUGAUACAAUCACUAUUCACGGCUGAAAUAUCAGACUCAGGAAUUUUAUUCUUGAACAUAAAAAAAGUGUGAAAGCGAGAGGUUUAACAGGGAUUCCAUCCUUGAUGCCUUACAAAGAGACGGACACCUUCGAUUACUUUAAUUUUUAUUCAUAUCAUUCACCAGGCACAAAGAAAAGAUUCGUAAAAGGAGAAGCGCUAUGCCUCCAACAAAUAAGUUGAUCACCCUCCACAUUUAACAAAAACAGUAUUUCAAAAUACACUUAAAGAAUAGAGGAUACCAAUAUAAGAUUGGGUAAAUUGUAUCUCUGAAGUUGAUUUCACUUGGAGAAAAAGGUCACUCAUGAACUUGCAUGGGAUCAUGCGAUCGAUUGUAAACGUUUCUCCAUCUGACUGUCACCCAAGUGCAGAGAGGAGCUUUCUUUUUUACUUUCCUUCGAAAUACUGUGUAGGAGUGCAUCUGCGAACUCUAUGCUUGUUUUCUUGUCAAUUCCUAAAGCUGUCUCGCGCUCAUUUCAUGCUUUUCAAAAUUGACCUAGUAAGCCAUAUGCUAUAGCGGCUUUCCAUUUCUGCAGGACGAACUCCUGAUGGCUUCAUCAUCUAGAACACGGAAUGAAACGACAAAAACACAUAGCAAAUAGACGAUAGACACGAAAAGAAAUUACCCCGCAAUGCAUUCUUGUUGAGCGUUGCUCUUUAAUUAGUAUUUGCAAAAUUAUCAAGCGUUUUUAAUGAUAAGGCCAAAAAAAGUAUUGGGAUGUUGGAACAUAAAGUGGGAAAAAGUCAUGAAAAAAACUGCUUUUUUCGAAAAAAAACGUGAUUCAAUUGGUGACCACUUUAUGCAAUAUAAUUAUAUUAACCGCUUGUGAUUAAAUUCACAGCUUCAUGUCCAUCGCCGAAAUCGGAGCAUCACUACGAUUUGGAAUGUAAGUAAGAUAAAACUGCUUCUCGCAUUUUUUCAAAAGUAUUCGUCAGUCGGUUUAAUAGGAAAGGUCUAAUGCUGAAGCCAUACGAUAAAAUAUUGGCAAAACCAGUUUUCUUUGGGCUGUUUUUAAAGCGUAUUCUCGUGUGGAAUGCUUGUCUUGCCAAUUUCCUUUCCAAACCGAGGAAAAAAGUAACUUUCAAGCGACAACAUAAAGCGUGCAUCAAAUUCUCUUGGGGAAUCUUAUUGUCGUCUUAGAAGGUGAGUUUUAUUUCAUGUUGUGCAUCAUAUUUGCAGGCAAGGUGUAUAACUUAACAGUACUGAUGACGAACACUUCCUUUGAUGAUUUCUUAUGGUUUGCACAUUCGCCCCAAUUCAUUGAGCUCAGAAGAGAGUUUGAACUUGGAGUAAGUAUAAAGCUGAUUCUGCCAGUUUUAAAAACCUUUGUUUGUUAUCAGCUUUUGUAAACAGAAAGAAAACUCGAACAGGACCCUCCGCAACAUACCAUCCGAAGUUGAAAAAAAAUGUUUUACAACGCAACUCAAUUUAGGAGUGAAACUGAAAUCGUUUAAAAUUGCUAAUGUCUAUGCAUCUAAGGGAAUAGCACAAUAUCAACAAAACAAAUUUACCUAUGUUCUUUCAAUAUCGCCAUUUUUUCUUUUGAUUGAAGCUUGCAAUUUUAAUUUCGGCCGAAAUAACACAUUGGUUAUAAAACUCGUUGUGCAAAUACGCAUCAUAAAAAUAGAAAGCUAACUCUACCACUGAUACGAAACCCACUGGUGAAACGAAUCAUAAAAUUUUACGCCCUGAUCAUCGCGACCAACAAAAGGGAUCUUAAAACUUUAUUACAUGUAGACUUAAUAGUUAGCACGCUGCUAGACUUUUCUGUAUCGAUAAGUACGGGUAGGCGUCCAAUGGUCAUUUUCCUGUGAUCUUUGGCAAGACUCUACCCUUUCGAUGCCUAACACUAACCAAAGGUAAAAACGAGUAUCAGUAGGAAAGCUCUACGAAUAUCUGGGGCGUUAUCUUUAUCGUUGGACUAGCAGGCAUUCUGAGUCAGAGGUGUAGCUACACCCAUGUUCGCUUCAUGCUAUUGUAGCUCGAAUAACCCCUGGGAAAACGACCAAUCAGGCUGGUGAGACCAAGCCAGUAUGCCACACUUUUUAAGUAUGACGCUGCGAAAGGUAAUGUCGAAGACCAGGAGCCUUUUAAGGUUUCUAAAAUGAUAAGUAUUCAAAAUAUAAACUAAUUCUCUAAAAAUUACAUUUCCAAUGCAGGUUUUGCAAGCGUACGAUGGAUAUGAUCCUUUUCUCGGCGUUACGACUUUGAGAUUCAGGUAGCUCACUCAUAGUAAAUAGAGAAGAGGCCAGGAUCAUUGAGAGAGAGAAAAAAUUCGAUGGAUCAAAUUCUAAAAACUUGAGAUGUUUAAAAACACACGACUUGACGAUGCAAAAAUUCCAUCACUAUUAACAAAAUAUGUUUCAGUUUAAAUCAGUUCAUAUGCUAAUAUAGUUUUGAGAUUAAGGUGUUACUUUUUUAUCUUUGAACAGCGAAGCUCCGGGAGACAGCAACAUUGUGGUGCACUUUGCUAUCGAGUUUAAAGACAAGGGAGUCCAUCUUCAUAACUUAACUGCGGCAUUAGCAUGUCAAACUUUGGGCAAGCACACUUUUCUCUCAUCAUUGGGUCAAGUUGGUGAGUUUGCAGAGCAAGAAUGUUCUGGGUGACUUGUAAUUUUGUUUGAACUAACCUUUUUCAUAGUUCCAGAAAGUUAUAAGCCUCUAUUCUGAAGUCAUCUUUCCAAAUAUUCUUACAGCGGGAGGUUUCUGAUUCUAAGAUCAGACCGUAUUAAACUCGUCCACGCUUCCCAGCCCUUUAUCCCCAGAAAUUAUUUUAAUAUUCUCCCUGAUAUUUUCUUCACACUCCCAUGGUACUGAAAAGAUGAUUAUUUGUAAAGCUUAUUAAGUUAGUGAUCAUUUCCUUUAUCUCAUGAUCUGGACGUUAAGGGGUGACACUGCAAAGAAAAAUCAUAUACUAGUAGCCCCCUGAGUUUAAAGUGUUUAUUCAUUUCCUUUUUAAAAUAGUAAUUAAUUGAACAGUUGUGGUAAAACCCAUUUCAAAUUUAUCAAAUACACUUAUCGCUAUCUUGGUUGUUUGUUAGCAUGUUACAAGGCACCUCCGCCUCCAGUCUGCCCACUUCCAUGUUUCUCUGCCUGUGCUCCACACUGUUACUCCAGCUGCUGCCAGCAGUACCACCCUUACUACUAUGCUCCAACACCGCCUCCUCCACGUGAUAUUAAUCCAGCUCCAUGCCCAGAAGGCUGCCCCAUUACAUGUGCACCUUUCGGAUGCACUACUCACUGCUGCAACAAUGGUCAUAGUCUGCCGCAUUAUGUUUACGGGAAGCGUCACGAAGCUCCAAAGCCAGAGAAGCAAUCGAAGAUUGGCCACAUCUUCCGUAAACAUCAUGGGAAGAAUUAAAAGAAAAAAAUCAGGAGCAAAAAGAAUCAAAGAAACAAAUUCCAGUGAGAAGAAUUUUUGAUUUUUUCCUGAUUUCAUAUCAUGUAAGGUCUACCAGGCAAGAACUACAUUUCCCGAACUAGGGUUCAGAUAAUCAUCUGAAGCGUCAAAGUUAUUCCUAUCAGGCCUGGAGCCAUUGAUUCUAAUCAUUAUGUGAUAAUAAAUAGCCAAAUUUUGCCUGUCUUAUCGAAUGCAAAAAUGUAAAAAAAUUUUUGACAAUUCCGAGAUUCCGAUUUACAUUCUAUGGAAAUUAAGUCAAUGAUGGCUAUCUAAAGUAUUUUAGAUCAAUAGCAAAGUAUCUGAGAUCAUUCUAAUCAACAUUUUCUGUUGGUAUGAAUUUGUUUACUUUUUAUGGCUAGACCUACUACCUACACGGGUGUUCUAAAAUGUUUACUAAACCUUCCCAAUGAACUCAAGGUCCAUAACUCCGUUAUAUAAAAAAAAAUUGGUUCAAGUACAAUGUACUGUAAAGUAAAUGAUUUGAAGGUAGAAUAAACACUUGAUCACCCAAUCUUGCGCGUGUUGUAAGUUUUGGAAUUGGUAAGAAGGGGAUGAGUGGGUCCUUUGAUCGAUCAACAGAAACCGUCUUUUGCUUCCGGGAGUGGAGAAAUAUUGAAAGGUAGCCCUAACAAAUGAAAAUUUACACGGAGCCUCUCAAGUUUCACCAGAAUAGUUAAUAGAGUACAGAGGACUGAAUCCACCGAAAAUACCUUCGACAAGGAAGGUCAUUAUAUACAAUUGUUUUAUAUCCCUUUUGAGAAAGUGAAGGAGUAAUUUGAGGUAUCUCAUUUUCAUUUAAACAAAUGCUUUUAUCCCCAAACAAUAAGUCGCUGUGCAAAUAUAUUGCUUGAACGAUAAAACGCACUGAUGCAUCCUUUACUCCACUGAUAAAUCUUUAUCAGAGAUAGUUCGCUUUAGCGAUUCAUCGCGAUAAUGUACCGCGUUGAAGCGAUUUUGUCGCUUGAACGAUAAAUCGCUGGAACGAUAUAUGAAAGGUUCGACUUAUUGUUUUCACGUUAUGAUGAAACGCGCGAUACAUAGCCGAUAUUUCGGCGAUAUCUCGGAAGAACAAAACGCAAUAUUCGACUCUGAUCGUUUGUAUUACUUUGGCACAGUACUGCAUGUCAAGAGAAGGUCACCUAUAGUUAAUUUUCAAGUACAGGAAGUCAAGGAAGAAUUUCGACCAAAACUCUGCCGAUGGGGGACAAAUAAGUUUUAGCGGAAUGACUAAUUACUACCUCUUUCUCUUUGAACGUCUACUGCAGUUUCAUUCAAUGAAAGACAAUUUCUGGAGAGGAGAUGUGGGGGCUUCAAUGUCACUCCGAGAUUCGCAGCUCGCGACGGAUUACAAUCGAACGAGAAGCCUUAUGGAAACGAGCAUUUGUUUCUAGAGGGCGUGAUUUUAAAUUCUCUUUUAUAUAUAUUUUUUAGGAACAAAUCAAUGAUAAACAUUUAAAUUGUUUUUCACGGUGUUUCUUCAUGAUUUUUUAAUAAGUCUUAAUGCUUUGACGGUAUUGUAAAGUAAAUAACACUUAGGUUUGGCAAAUUGGAAAAAUAAAGCAUGCUUCGUCUAUCAAACGAUAAACUUAAUGAAAAAAAAAACUUCUGUACAUUGGCUAUUCAAUAAUUUUAGAUAUUUAGUACUAAAAGCAUUGCAGUUUUAUAGCGGGAUCAAUCUCAACUCUGACGAGUCUUGAUUUUUUUCUUCCAGAAGAGAUAUCCAGACGGUAAUUACCAUAAUUGACCGGUAAUAGUUCUUGUAUUUCACACCUCCUGUGCACCAAAUAAAUUAAGAUACCAAAUUUUUAAAAGCCCAUAACAGGUAGGGUGUUAACUUACAGCAAUCAAGUCGGUCAUUUAGGGGAUUGGGAAAUCUUCGAAAGAGCAACAGGAACAUUGGUAAGUAACAAGAUUAAAAACGUAUGAACAAGAAAACCAUUUAAAUUCCCGAAAACUUUAAAUAAUAGUUCGCAAAGCCAGCUAACUUAAUCUUUCACUGACUAUUUUAAAUUCAGACUCCGAACCGUGUUAUAGCCCGUAGCGGAUCGACCAACGGAAAGAAUGGCGAUAGUUUCUCCACAUUGUUGCUACAACAUUAUUUUUAUAGUGAUGUUCAUGAUUCCUUUGCGCGAAUUCAGAAAUUUCGUGGUAACUACGAGUUUGAUAUUUGAAUGAAAGCGCAAAUAUCCUCACUGAGACCGGUCGCUGAAGGUCAAAAAUGUAAAUCGAAUUUGGUUUCGUGUACAAUGCACUUAAUCGAUUAGAUACUUUCGAUAAUUCAAGCUAGCACACGUGCAUCUAUAUUAUGAACUUUCACAGCUCUAACUGCCAUUACAUGAUGAUGAUGUUAUUGGUUACUCCAUCAAAAGGCUGUUGCAUUUUUUGACGAAAAUGCUGUCAACUGUUAUUCAACAACUUUUACGACCACUACCUUUUGCUGGUCAGUCGAGAAUAAGGGAACUCUGUCUUCUUUUUCCUUUUUUAGAGCAUCAAAGGAGUCGGGAUUUAAGGUCUUUGGACUACAAUUUUUUGGUAAAUGCGCGCUGUUGCAAUCAAACUCUAUGUACUUUUAGUCUGUAGUAAAACAGUGGACAGCGUCGAAGGCGUCCUUUGAUUGGCUAUUCACACUAUUGAUAUCCUUUGCUAUUCACCUCCGAGCAGCUUACAAUUUGCACGCGGAAUAAUAUAAGGAAUAAAUAAGUUAAAGGAAUAAAUAAGUUAAAUCAUCUUUUAUUGCUCAAUUAUCUUACUUAAAAUAGCUAGCGGUGAGUUUUUACCCCACCGCUCCGCAGUUCGGUAAAUUCCACCUCCUCUUCGGUGAAUAAUUGUUCUUUAUUAUCUGAUAAUUUUCUCAAUGUUGAACUAAAAAAAUCGGGUGGAGGGGAGUAUUGACACUCCUUUCCCACUUUUGUUUUUGUUCUCUCAGGCCUUCGAUAAUUUUUUUUUCAGUAUGUUUGUUUGUUUUUUGUAUAGUGGGGGGGGGUGUUGGGUACUUUCGUAGUUUUAAGAGCAGUGACGCAUUAUAAAAUUUGUGGGAUCAAAACGUUUGAAUUUUUUUAACAUGUUUACGAGCUGCACACAACACGGAUCUCCGUGAUCAUGCAAAACACAGUUAGAAAACAGGACUUAGAGAGUGGUUUAAAGGAAUACAAUUAAACUGUCUGGAGAAGCUCUGAAGGUUAGGAAUAUUUUACUUUGACGGGGAAAUAUAAACAAUGCGAAAAACAAAUGUGUGGAACUUAUUCUGAACUUAGGUGAGUGUUGGUCGGGUGUUAACGCUGAAAACACUUAUAAACAAGACGGACCCAGUCAAGAAUGCUUAACAAAUGACUUCCUCAAAUGUGGACCAAAAGACAAGUACUGUGUCGGAAAACAAGACACUAACUUUGUGUACGCAAUAAACGGUGAGUGUUCUUUGCCUUGCAUUAAUACUGUGUCUGUUUCGGAACAUAUAAAUAUGAACAAUCUCGAUGUAAGAAGUCGCGAGAAAGUACUGGUUCAAGUUGUGCCACUGGAAAAAGCAGGAAAUUUUCCGCAUGUAUCGUAUUGAUUUUGUCAGCCAAAUUAAAGCUAUUUCUGCGAGACCUGAAAGAUGUGCACAAGUCCUCCAAUCCCCAGCUCAAUAGAUAUCACGAGGAAAACAAAAAUUUCAAAAAUUGAAAAUCAAGAGGAACCUUCGAUUGUUUUCCGUUUUUGUCUUGGCUUAAUUUUGUUACAUUUACCCAGUCUUACACCCACUUGAUAACCAAAUCAAACGAGAAAGGUAAAGAGCUAACUAUGUUCAAAACUGCAGCUUCAAGUCCAACGUCACAACCGACUGACCAGCCAAAGACGAAACCGACUACCAUUCCGAAGACCACUCCGACGACGAGGCCGGAAACUGUGCUGUGUAAGAAACAUUUGUACUCGGAUAGAGACCUUCCUUACAUUUUUGAGAUAGAACUUCCUUAUCACAUUUUGCUUAAUAAGUCUUUCCAUAAUACUUAUAAAAGAAACAACAUAUCGUAAAGGAGGUUAUUGCUCAUCGUGGUGGUAAGUUACAAUAAACUAUUUAAUAAUUUGUCUCAGGAUGUAGUCUCUUGAGAUGUAGAUCGCGACGUUUCGACUGCUUACUGCUAGUCUUCAUCAGGCACGAGAGGGGUAUACGUUUAGCUUGUACCCAAAUUUCCGCUGUUUCUAAGCACGCCAACAAGACCGGCCACCACCCGCUUUGGAACGAACUAAAGUUUAUUGAUCGAGACUCAUACUGGUAUACACCAGAAGAAACAAGGAAGCUAUCCGCAUAAGACUUCACCCUGAUAACAUCAACAGGGAUAACGGAAUCGAAAUUCCUGAAGCAUGGAUACCAACGAUCAAGAAACACAAAGGGAGACCAGUACGACAGCAAACCGCCGAGGGAACCUCUCGGAAAACCAAAACUCACCGGAACAAUAGAGAUCGAAAUCCUGAUUGCCACUGCCUUACAACAUUGAAAAUCGACAGUUCAAUUGUUUUCCAUUUUUGUUUAGUUUUGUCACAUUUAACUCACUCUUACACCCAUUUGAUAACCAAAAUAGAGAAAAAGGUAAAGAGCUAACAUUGUUCAAAACUGCAGCUUCAAGUCCAACGUCACAGCCAACUGGCCAGCCAAGGAAAAAACCGACGACCAUUCCGAAGAUCAAGCCGACGACGAGGCCGGAAAGUGUGCAGUGUAAGAAACAUCUGUAUUUGGAUAGAGAUCUUCCUUGCAUUUUGAGAUAAAAGUUCUCUAUCUCAUUUCAGAGAGAAGCUCUCUGUGUAACUUUCCUCCGAAUUACUGUGCAGGAGGGCUUUUGCGAACACUCUGCUCGUUUUCUUGCCAAAUCCUACUGCUACCUUUUGCUCAUCCCUUACUUUUAAAAAUUGACUUAGUAAGCCAUAUGAUUUGGCGGCUUUCCAUCCCUGCAGGUCGAACUCUUGAUGGCUACAUUAUCGCUAAGGCGGAAUGAAACGACAAAAAUACGUUACAAAUAGACGUUAGCCACUAAAAGAAACUAGAUGAGGGUAAAAAAGCCGGUUUUUAAUUUAAUCGAUUGAUAUCACACACGUGAUAAAUUUUCCUUUUCUGCAAUACAUGAAAUCCUGAGAAUGGCUACUACCCUCGCAAUGCAUCCUGGUUGAGCGUGGCUCUUUAAUUAGUACUUGAAAAACUCUCGAGCGUUUUCAAUGGGAAAGCCAAAAUAAUAUUGGAAUGUUAACAUAAUAUAGGAAUAGUUACGAAAUAAACAGCUUUUUCAAAGGAAACAACAACAAUUUAGCUGGUGACCACUUUGUGCAAUAUAAUUGUACUAACCGCUUGUGAUUAAAUUCACAGCUUUAUUUCCAUCGCCGAAAUCGGAACAUCACGACGAUUUGGCAUGUAAGUCUAUGAAUCAGAAUUUUCAAAAGUUUUCGUUAGUUGUGUUUGAUAGGAAAGGUCUAAUGCUGAGCCCAUGCGAUAAAAUGUUGGCAAAACCAGUUUUCCUUGGGUUGUUUUUAAAGCUUAUUCUCAUGUGGAGUGCUUGCGUUGCCUAUUUCCUUUCCUUACUGAGGAAAAAAGGCGUGCAUCAAAUUCUAUUGGGAAAUCUUAUUGAAGUCUUAGAAAGUGAGUUUGAUUUCAUGAUGCGUAUCAUAUUUGCAGGCAAGGUGUAUAACUUAACAGUACUACUGUCGAACAAUUCCUUUGAUGAUCAUUUAAGGUUUGCACAUUCGCCUCAGUUCAUUGAGCUCAGAAGAGAGUUUGAACUUGGAGUAAGUAUGUAGCUGAUUCUGCCAGUUCUUAAAAAACUUUGGUUGUUAUCAGCUUUUCUUUGGCAGCAAGUAAACUUGAACAGAACUCUCCAUAACAUACCAUCCGAAGUUCAAAAAAUGUAUCAUAACGCAGCUCAAUAAGUGGUGAAACUGAAAUCAAAAUUGCCAAUGUAUUUUUUUGCGGCAAGGGGAAUAGCAUAAUAUCAGCAAAACAAAGUAUCUCUAUUCCUUUUAAUAUCACCCUAUUUUCUUUUGAUUGAAGCUUGCAAUUUCAAUUUUGGCCAAAAAAGACUGGUUAUAAAACUCGUUAUGAAAAUACGAAUUGUGAAAUAGAAAGCUAACUUUACUACUGUUACGAAACCCAUUAGGAAAACGAAAUGAAAAAAUUUUACGCCCUGAUCAUAACCCUUGGAAGGGUGACCAACGAAAGGGAUCUUGAAAUCCUGUUAAAUGUUUGCAAUACUUAUUUAAUAACUGCGUGGGAAAUCCUAGGCUUAAUAGUUAGCACGCAGCUGAACUUUUCUGUAUCGAUGAGUAUGGGCUCGCCUCCAACCCGGUUCAUUUUGUUGUGAUCUUUGGCAUGACACUCUACUCUUUCAGUGCCUAACACUAACCAAGGGUAAAAAUGAGUACCAGUAGGAAAGCUUUACGAAUUUCUGGGGCUUUAUCGUUAUCGUUAGACUAACCGGCAUUCUGAUUUAGAGAAGUAGCUACACCCAUGUUCGCUUCAUGCUAUUGUAGCUCGGAUAACCCUCGGGGAAACGACCAAUCAGGCUGGUCAGACAAAGCCAGUAUACUACACUUUUUAGGUAUAACGCCGCAAAAUGUAAUGUCGAAGACCAGAGUGUCCUUUUGAGAGAACAGAAGGACCCUUUUUAAUUUCCUCAUGUAAUAAGUAUUCAAAAUAUAAACUAAUUCUCUGGUGCUUACAUUUCCAAUUAGGUUUUGCAAGCGUACGAUGGAUAUAAUCCUUUUCUCGGCGUUACGACUUUGAGAUUCAGGUAGCUUACUCAUAGUAAAUUAAGAAAAGGCUAGGAUAAUUGAGAGCGAGAAAAAAGUCGAUGGAUCAAAUUCUAAAAACUUGAAUUAUUUAAAAACACACGUCUUGACGAUGCAAAAAUUCCAUCACUAUUAACAAAAUAUGCGUCAGUUUAUAUCAGUUCAUAUGCUUAUAUAGUUUUGAGAUUAAGGUGUUACUUUUUUAUCUUUAACAGCAAAGCCCCGGGAGACAGUCACACUGUGGUGCACUUUGUGAUCGAGUUUAAAGACAAGGGAGUCCAUCUUCAUAACUUAACUGCGGCAUUAGCUCGUGAAAAUUUGGGCAAGCUCACUCUUCUCCCAUCACUUGGUCAAGUUGGUGAGUUUGCAGAGAAAAAAUGUUCUGCCUGCCUUGUUAUUUGUUUGAACAAACCUUCUUCAUUGUUCUAGAAAGUUAUUAGCCCCUAUUCUAAAGUCAUCUAUCCAAGUAUACUUACUAUGGGAGGUUUCUCAUUCCGAGAUCAGACUGCAUUAAACUUGUCGACGCUUUCCAGCCUUAUAUCCCCAAACAUUAUUGCGCAUAUUCUUUAUAAUGUUAUCUUUACACUCCCAUGAUACUGAAAGGAAGAUUUUUGUAACAAUCAAAAGCUUGUUAAAUUAGUGAUCAUUUACUUUCUUCUCGUGAUCUGGAUGUUAGAUUCAAGGGGUGACACUGCAGACAAAAAUAUGUCAGUAGCCCCUUAAGCUUAAAUUGUUAAUUUUUUUUUUUUUAGUAAAUGAUUGAACAAUUGUUGUAAAAUUCAUUUCAAAUUUAUCAAAUGUACUAAUCACUAUCUUGGUUAUUUGUUAGCAUGUUACAAGGGACCCUUCCCUCCAGUCUGCCCACUUCCAUGUUUCUCUGCCUGUGCUCCGCGCUGUUACUUCAGCUGCUGCCAGCAGUACCACCUUAACUACUAUGCUAUCCUACCGCCUCCACAUAAUAUUCAUCGAGCCCCAUGCCCAGAGGGCUGCCCUAUCACAUGUGCACCUUUCGGAUGCACUACUCACUGCUGUCAUAGUCUGCCGCAUUAUGAAUACGGGAAACGUCACCAAGCUCCAAAGCUAGGGAGCAAUCGAAAAUUGGCCACAUCUUCCAUAGACAUCAUAAGAAGAAUUAAAAGAAAAAAGAAAAAACCAGGGGCAAAAAGAAUCAAAGAAACAAAUUCCAGCGAGAAGAAUUCUUGAUUUUUUGCUAAUUUCAUAUGAUGAAAGGUCUACCAGGCAAGUACUAUAUUUCCUGAACUGAGGUUCAGAUAAUUAUCUGAAGCCUCAAAGUUAUUCUUAUCAGGCCUGAAACCAUCGACUUUAAUCAAAUAUAUUAAAGUUCACACGGCAACCAGGUGGACAAUCAGACAUAGUUUGAUGCUACUCUGGUUUGCAGAUUUAAUGAAUGUAACUGAAGAAGUUACAAUUC